AUUAUAAUAGAGGAAGAGGACAUAAGAACCAGAAGCAGAGAGAGAGAGAGAAUUAGCAAAGAAAGAAACACCUUCACGCGGAGAGAGAAUUCAAGAGAGAUUGUUGAUAAAGCUUCUUUCUCUGUGAGCCAAAAAAAAAAAAUGGCAAGUUUGAAUCUGAAGGAGACAGAGCUGUGUCUGGGAUUACCGGGCGGCGGCGGCGGCGGUGCUGAUGGCUGCGAGGCUGAAACCGCCACUCCGAAGGCCUCAUCAGGAAACAAGAGAGCCUUCUCUGCAACUGUUAAUCUCAAGCUCAACCUCGUCGAUGAUUCCAAGGUUGUCGACGGUGAGGAACAAGAUCUCAUGAAUCAGAACCUCAACAACACUAUCACCUCCAAGAAGGACCCCACUAAGCCACCUGCUAAGGCACAAGUGGUGGGUUGGCCACCAGUGAGGUCAUACAGGAAGAACUUGAUGACACAAAAGGAGAGCAGUGAAGAUGGAAAUACCGAUAAGAAGAAGGCGGCGGCGGUGCCGACUUCAACUCCGGUGAUGACCGGAGGAUCAUUUGUGAAGGUGUGUAUGGAUGGUGCACCCUACCUUAGGAAGGUGGACUUGAAGAUGUACCAAAGCUAUCAACAACUUUCUGAUGCCUUGGCCAAAAUGUUCAGCUCCUUCACUACCAUGGGAAAAUAUGAGGGGGCCCAAGGUAUGAUAGACUUCAUGAAUGAGAGCAAGUUGAUGGAUCUGCUGAACAGUUCUGAAUAUGUGCCAACUUAUGAAGAUAAGGAUGGUGAUUGGAUGCUUGUUGGAGAUGUCCCUUGGGUGAUGUUCGUUGAUUCAUGCAAGCGUCUUCGAAUAAUGAAAGGUUCAGAAGCCAUUGGAUUGGCCCCAAGAGCCAUGGAAAAAUGCAAAAGCAGAAGCUGAAUAAUAUUUUAAGAAAGUCUCAUACAACAGGAGAACUUAUGCAUUAAAUAUUAUAAGAAAUAUUCACGAAGAAGAAGAAGAGGAACUUAAUUGCUGGUGAAGCAGCCUGAUGAUGAUGAAUCAGAAGAGUCUGAUGGAUGUUUGUUUAGAGUUUGGAUUAUGUGUCUGUGUUAUUUUUAUUUUUGUGUUAUAUAAAUAGAUAAUUAUUAUAUAUUCAACUUUUAAGAAGCAAAAUCCAAUUACUUUAUCA